UCCCUGCGUGGAGCGCCGACAUUUUUGUAGCAUUCAUGCCUUCUAUUCCAUCGCUAGUAAUUGAUUGUCACUGUGAUGACUUUGAACCCAACAUGGCUAUGACCCCAGUGGCGCGACCGCAGUAGCGACAUGCUUCAUUCCAUAAAUCAACGACUGCAAUGAUGAACACGUCAGUAUUUCAGCGGACAUGGAUGCAGUUUACGCGGCUGGAUGCGGAGCCUGGGCCGACGGAUUGGCAUGGCCGCUCAAUCCUGGAUUACCCCCUGCUCCUUACCGUCCGAUGCUUUGCUACGGGCAUCGCAAUUUUCCUCGCACAUUGGUCCGCGUACGUCCGCUUCGUCCACAGCGUUCGCUCCACAACCCUACGGUGUUUGCUUGCGGCUGCGUCGACCAUCAGCUACCUGCUCUGCGUCUUGUACCUUCAUCCCUGGCAGCCGUACUGGAUUCGGGAGCUGUCCGUUAUGCUGGCGCAGCUCUUUGCUUGGAAGAUAGCCGACCUCGUCCUCCUACGUCGCGAGGAGCCCCUGUCGUACGGCUUCUGGGGCUUCAUCUUGUACGACGUGCUCGUACUGCGGCCAAAGGCCUUAGUGUUGCCAUACGGCAGCAGUGACAAUAGCAGCUGCAAGGGACAAGAGCAGCUGAAACACGGCAGCGAAAAUGAGAGUAUGGUAGGAGCCGAGGCGACAGCGGACCAGUUGGAGAAGAAGAAACAGCGGCUGUCGAAGAACGGGAGUGUGCCGGCGACAAAACCGAAUGCCGACAUAGCCAGUAGCGCCGGCAACUGUACGGCAAGUAGCGGCAGCGGCGGACUCGGAUUGAAGCAUCGCUGGCGAGCGGUGCAAGCUGGGGCUCCUUCUGCGGUCCGUACAAGCGCUGGGAGUGGUGACCCGCAUGCAGAAGGUGGCUAUCGCAACAGCAAGGGCGAUACGAGCUGUGUUAACAGCAGCAGCCGCAGCAAUGCUUGCACGAAUGGCACCGGUGCCGCCCCCGCCGCAAGCCGAGUCGCCGUGCCAAUCGUCGCAGACGGUAGCAGCGCAGCUGCAGUCGCUUCUCCCACGUGCCAUCGCGCAUGUGGACUCGGCAGUACCGGUACGACAGCAGCCGGCAAGGUGGCCGUUGCGAGGUCGUUAUUGCUGCGGUUGCGGUUGGCGGUUGUGGUGUGCUGGCGACCGCUUGUGGACAUGUUCGUAAGCUACAACGCGUGUGAGGCUGCCAAUGCCUACCUGAUGCACCGGCCGGCUGAAGACGUGCUGGCCGCUCCCUUGCUGGUGCAGGCCUGGCUGAGCUGUUGCUUCGCCGCGGCGCUCUACUUCCACUUGUCGUACUUUUUCUAUUCCAUGGAGUUGUUGUGGCUGGCGGGGUUUGCGCUUGCGGGCGGACUGCGGGCAGAGCGCUGGGAGCCUUUGUUCCGCAGCCCGCACCUGUCGGAGAGCCCGGUGGACUUUUGGAACAACAGGUGGCACCAGGCCUUUCGAUGGUGGUGGACCCGACUGGUGUUCCAGCCGUUGCGGGCGGCCCUCAAACGGGGCCUGGACAGAUUGGAGGAUGCGCCGGGAAGCGGGAACCGGCAUGCCUCACUGUGGCCUAAACAGGCCGCCUGCUGGCUUGCAAGGCGGAACCGCAGGCUGAUCCUGGCGGGUCUUCCUACGUUGGCGGUGUUUGGCUUCUCGGCGGCUUUCCAUGAGUCACUGCUAUGGAUCAACUUUGGGCGACCCACGGGCGAGCAAGCCCUGUUCUUCCUCUUCCACGGCCUCCUAGUCAUAGCCCAGCGAGGUCUCGAGGCUGUCCGGGCCCCAGCAGCAGCAAGCACCGGUACUCGGCACGUAAGCAAACAGCCAAGCCGGGCCGCAGCCAGAUCCAAACCCUCCCGAUCCAAACCCGCAGCGCCCAAGAUGUUGCUAUUUAGGGCGACCGCAGUAGCAGCUAGGGUUCUGCGUGUCGUACUGUUUAUGGGCCUUAUGAGCUUUACCUCUGUGAUCUUCUUUAGGCCGUGGUUUCGGAGCUCGUACCACAGGGAACUGCGGGUACUGCUGUACGGCCCCACGGGCUGGGCCGUACGGGUGUGGGUGCUGGGGCUGCCGGCUGAGAGCGUACGGUUGCUGUGGUAGUAACUGUGGUCCAGUUGUGCGCAUGAGGAGGUAUUUAUUGCGGCCUGACAGGUGACCAUGGAGACGAUACGACUUGGGUAAGGGCAAUGUUGUCGCUGCCGUCCUUGGACCUUGUUUUGAAUUAAUCUAUUGCAUUUUGUACUUCGUGGGGGCACAUCGUGAUCUUAUGUUUCUUAUUUACAAUUGGCAGUGCGGUGCGAUUACCGGCGCCGUGAGCGUGGCGAAACGUGUGAGGGGCAUCCAAGCCAUCCCAUAUUCCCAUUGCCGUGUUUCCGGGUGUGCUGGCCGGCAUGGCAGGUGGCGCGGCGCCCGCGCAGGUUGGAUGCGUACGAAGCGCGGUGUCAGUGAGCAGCUGGAAGGGGAAAACGACGGUACUGCUGCCCCGGUAUUCCGAGGACCGGUGCCGGAAUGUCGCUGCUUGAGGAGCCUCACAGGUUAGGGAGAUUGGGGCAAUGUUUGGUGACGCAAGCCUCAAUUGGUUGAAGAAGCUAUUGCAGGAGCGCGGAGGAGGGUGCACGGCGUAGGAGGACGCUUGGGUGUGAGAGGGCGCGGGUCCAUAUGAGCGCUGCUCACCUCGUUUUAGCACUG